AUGAAAAAAAAAAAAAUUCGAGAAAAAUAUUUAAGAAUUUUAUUCCAUAAAAUUGAUAACGAGAAGAUACAGAAGGAUUUCAAGAUUUCAAAUUAUAAUUAUAAUUCUUUUAUAAAACAUGAUAUAUAUUAUUUGAAUAAGAAAUUUUACAAACUGAAAAAUAUAAAUGACAUCACAAUAAAGAAGACAUUGUUAUUAUUUCUAUAUAAAUAUAAUUUUUAUAUGCCAAAAAUAAUAAAAAGAUUAAUUUUUAAGAAAUUAUUACUACAAAACGAAAAUGAGUAUAAUGAAAAUUUUAAUUAUAACAUAUAUCUUUUAUUAUCAUAUUUAAAAAAUCCAAACAUUAUAGAAGCAACACAGAAAAUCAUCGAUUUAGAUGUAUUUAGAACACGUAUCAAUAAAGAAAAUGAGAAAACCAUUUAUUUCUUUAAUUUAUUCUUAAACUAUGCAUGUAGUCAUUUUCAAUUUAAAUAUAAGCAAGGGCUGAACGAAGUUCUAGCUCUUUUUUUUUAUUUGAAAGGAAAGUACUUUAAUAUGGUUGAUGUCUAUUUCUGUUUUGAAAGUUUUUUGGAGAGAUUUUUAAAAGAAUUUUACUAUGACGACGAAUUUUUUUUUUUGCAAAUAUCCUUUUAUCUCUUUAAAAUAUUAAUAAAAUAUCAUGAUCCUGUAUUAUCAGAAAUAUUAGAGAAUAAUAAGAUGUCCCCUGAAAUAUAUGCUUCAUCUUGGUUUUUAACUUUGUUUGCUUCAAAAUGUAAUAUGAGAAUUUUGAAUUUAAUUUAUAUGAUCUUUUUAUUAGAGCAGAAUCCUUUUUUUUAUUUUUAUUUUUCUUUAGCUCUAUUAAUCUUACACAGAAAUAUAUUUUUAUGUGUUGAUAAUUCGAAUUUACCAGAAUUAUUAAGUAAAAUAAAUAUUUUUAAUAAAAAAUUUUUAAAAAAAGUGUGGGCAUUUGGAAAGUAUUUAGAAAGACAGACCCCUAUUUCUUUUGUUCAUAAACUUUUUUUUAUAAAGAAUGUUUUAAGUUAUUUAACUAGUGAAAAUUCUGCAGAAAAUUAUGAGAGAAAGAAUGUUCUUUUAAACUUCUUUAAGUCUAUUGAUUAUAUGUCUGUAAAUUCUUAUGAGAUAUUAAAAAAUUUAUGUGAAGGAAAUGAUAAGUAUCUUUUUUUGGAUAUAAGAUUGAAUAGUCAUUUCAAAUCUUUUCACUUAUAUAAUUCUAUAAACAUGGAAUUAGUCAAAAAUUAUUUAGACAUAUUCAAAAACACCAUCAGUGUUGAACAUAAAAAAGAGAAGAGAAAAAGAAAGAAAAAGAAACCAUGUGAUAUAAAUAAUGUGUGGUAUAUUUUAAAUCAUUAUGAUGAUAGAGAAGUGGUGAGGAACGAUAAAGAUCUUUUUUGUUUUUUAUUAAGAAAAAAAUAUAAGAUGAACUGUCUUAUUAUUUAUGAUGAUAAUAUUUUAUUAAAGAAAAAAAAAGAUAAUGAGCAAGUGAAAAGAAAAUGGAAUCAAAUUAAUUUUGGAGCGUUAGAAAAUAAAAAUAGGAAGAGAUCAAAGUUGAACCAAAAAAAUAAAAAAAUAAAGGAUAAAGAAAAAAAAAAUAUAAAUAAUUAUAAUAAUAAUAUUUUAGGAAAAAAAAAAAAAAGAAUAAGUAGACAAAAAAGAGAAGAAUUAUUUCAAGGUGUUAAUAAUAUUUUAAAAGUACAAGAAAAUUAUUUCAUUGAUUUAAAUCGAAAUUUUUAUGAUAUUUAUAGAGGUAAGCCAAUUGGAAAUAUUAAAUCUCCUCAUAAAAUUAAAUUUAAAACACCUUUGCAAUCAGGUCAAAUAUAUUUACAACAUAAAAUAAUUGAAGAUCAUAAAAAUUAUUAUACAGAUGAUAAUAUUUUAUGUGAUCAUUUUAAUUUAAAAUGUUAUCUUAUAAAAAAUAAAUAUCUUUUAGAUAAAAAAAAAUAUAUAAAAAGUAAACAAAUAGAUCUUAACAACAAAAAGGAGAGGAAUCUUUAUAGAAAGAGGAAACAAAAUGGUAUGAAUAUAAAUGACGAUCUUAACUGUGAAAACACAACAAUAAAUAAUAUAUAUAAUAUAAAUAAUAUAAAUAAUACAUAUAAUAUAUAUAAUGGUGGAUCCAUAUGUAAUAACCACACUAGUGAGAUGAAGAAUCCAUCGAUGGUCACAUUUUUGGGGGACCAGAAGAGACAAACAGAAUCUGAAGAAAAUAAUAAUAUUAUAAAUGUUUCAUGUGAUAUAGUAAAAAAUAAUGUAAAUCAAAGUAAUAUGAAUACCAGUUCUUAUAAUUUAUAUGUAUUAAUAAAAGAGAAUGUUUUGAAGGAUGUAAAUAUUUUACAUUUUUUUUUUAAAAAUAUAUAUGUUCCAAAUAAAGAUGUAAUUAUUUUAUAUGAUGAUGAUUUUCAUAAUACUAAAUACGUGCGUAAAUUAUAUUUCGAUUUAAUAUAUAAAUUGAAGAUAAAAAAUGUAUCUAUUAUUGAGGGUGGUAUGGAUUCUUAUCAUAAAAAUUUUGUUAAUAUAAUAUUUGGUCAUGACAAUUUGAAGAAGAACAAUAGAAAUGGUAAUACAAUAUUAAAUGUUAAUAAAUUAAAGGAUUCAAAUAAUUUAAAGUUUAUAAAUAAUUAUAAUAAAGAUAUUUAUAUAUCUGAAAAAAAUACAUAUCUAAAUCAUAAUGCUCAAUCAUGUUAUAUGUGUAAUAAUAAACAUUUUAAACAUAUGAAAAAGAAAAUAUUAGAUGAGUUUUUUUUUGAUAUAUACAAUGAUUAUAAUAUUUUUGUUGAUUGUUAUGAUUUUAUGCAAGGCAAAAAGGGGGAUAUGAAUUUUUUAGCUUUCAUCGAUUUAAUAAAAGAAAGAAAAGGAAAUCAAAAUAUAUAUAAAGCAAAACAGAAGGAGAGAGAAAAUUUAGAAGAAAUAGAAGGAAAUACAUCUACUUUUCUUCCUCAAAUAUAUUCUCUUGUGAAUUAUAUUAAAAGAAAAAAAAGUGAUAAAAAUGAAGAAUGUAAUGAUAAUGAAACUGAUAAAAAAAAAGACACAUCCACAUCAAACAGUUUACAUGGAUCUCUUAAUAUUAAUAAACAACAAACAAAUGUUCAUACAAGUUUUUUUAAUAAUAUGUCUAAUAAAGAAAGGAAAUGUAAAUCAAUGAGUACUAAUACAAAUGAAGAAAUAAAUAUGUGCAAUGAUUCAAAUAUAAAAAGAGAUUAUUUUAAUUUGAAUUAUUAUCUUGAUUAUUAUAAUAAAAAGAAAAAUGAGUUUUUAAAUAUUAAUCUAAAUGAUGAUGAAGAUAAGGAUGUUAAAAGGAAUAUCUCCAUUAAUAAUAAUAAUAUUAAAACUAAUUAUAGUGAUAAGAUGAUAUAUGAAGAAUGUAUUGAUCAAAAUAUUGUAGAAGAAAAUAAAAAAAUAGAAUCUCAAGAUAUAUAUAAAGAUAAAGAAGAAUUAUCAAAUAUAGAAAGUAUGAAACCAUGUGAUGAAUUUAUGAAUGAUAAAAAUGAAAAGAUAUGUUUAGAAAAUAAUAUAAACGAUACUAGUAAUAAUAAGGAUAGUUAUAUAAAUUAUAAUAAUAUAUCAAAUACAUGUUUAUAUGAUAAUAAAGAAUUCUCAUAUAGUAAUAAAUUUUCUAUAUAUAAUAAUUUUUAUUUAGAUAAAAAAAAAAAAAAUAUAUUAUCAAAUACAAACACAGAUAUAUAUAAUUUAUAUUCAUAUAUAGAUAUAUUAUGUUAUAAUAAUUUGUUAUAUAAAAAUAAUAGUAAGAUAUAUAAAUGUUAUAUACAUUAUAUAUAUCAACCUUUAAUACCACAUAAUAUAAGAUCCAAUAAUAUUAUAAAUAAUUUUUUGGAAUAUGUAAAAUUUUUUAAAACUCUUAAUAAAAAAGAUGUAAAUUCAGUAAACGAUCCUAACAUAUAUUUAAAUUGUAAUAAGUUAGAUUCUAAAUUAUUUUUUAAUGGUUUAUAUUAUUUGCCAUUCAAUCAAAAUGUUAGAAAUAUGGAUAAUAUGAAUAAUAUCAAUAAUAUCAAUAAUAUGAAUAAUAUCAAUAAUAUGAUCAAUAUGAAUAAUAUGAAUAAUGUGUCAUUUUCUAAUUCUCUUUUCACAUCCAAAGUUAAUAUAGGUCAAGACAAAAUAAAUUCUAAUAACAAUGAUGAUAAAAAUAAUAUAGAUGACUCUUAUAUAGAAAAUCAAAAGGAUGAACACAUAAAUGAAGUGAAUCCAUGUAGUAAUAAUUCUAAUCAGAUAUAUGGUGAUAAUUAUUUUUAUCAAAAAAUAAAAAAAACAGAAACAAAGGAUGAUAAUCCGUUUUCUGAAUUAUUAAAUAAUUCAAUAUUAAAUAAUACAUGGAUAAAAAAUAAACCAGAAUUGGGGUUAUGUAAAUUAAUGAUAUAUGAUCAUUUCUUAAUUUUAUAUGGAACACCAUAUAUAUGCAAUGUUCAUGUGGUGGGAAAAAAAGGAAGAGCGACUGAAAGGAAAGGUUAUGAAUCCAAAAAUAAAAAUGAUGAUGUAUAUAAAAAUGAUGAUAUAUAUAAAAAUGAUGAUAUAUAUAUAAACCACAGUGAUCAAUCAUUGAAACAUAAUAAUUCAGAAAUAUGUAAAGAGGGGGUAUCAAAUAAUAAUCCUUUAGACCCAGGAAUAGAAAAUUUUUUAAAAGAGAGAAAAGAAUAUGUCGAUAAAGAGAAGGUACCAUUUAUAUAUUAUGAUGAUAAAUUUGAUAAAAUGAUAAUACAUAAAUAUAAAGAUUUUAAAAAAAAAGAUAUAUUAUUUAAUAUUGAAUGUUAUAAAUUAGAUGGAUUAUAUGUAAAUUGGAAUGAUAUGUCUGAUAAUAUAUUUCAUAGUAUAACAUUAGAACAUAUAAAUGAUACAUAUAAUCAUUAUAAAACAUAUUUUAAUUUAUCAAAAAAUAAUUUAUCAUAUAAAAUUAAUUCAAAUCAUGAUCAAAAAAAUAAUCACAAUAAUUAUUAUUUCUAUGAAUCUUCCAGUUCAUCAUAUAAAAGUAACACUUCCUGUUCCAAUAGUUCUUCAUCUUCUUCUUCUGAUGAUGAUAAUGAUGUAGAUUUUUCUUUUUCUGAUUAUCAUAAUUUAUAUAAGAAAAAGUUUAAAAAUAAGAAAAAAGAAACUGACAAAAAGGAACAGAAAUUAUCUAAUCAAGAAUUAUAUAAAAAACAAAUUGAUGCAAUUAAUGUAUAUGGUAUUUUUGAUCUACAUACUAUUCAUAAAAUAACAAACAAACAGAAUUCUUUAAAAACUUUAUAUUUUUAUUUUUCAACAAAUAAGAGUAUUCCAUUAAUGGUUUUAAAUUUUGAGAGUGAACUGGAAGUGCAGUCGUGUGUUUCCGCUGUUCAGGAAAUAUAUUCUUCCUUGACAAAAAAAAAAACAAAUUAA